UGUGCAGAAGGAAGACUGUAGUUGUGGCCAUACUGGUAAUGUGGAGUCUUGGUGGAGAAGAGUGAUACUGAGGUACAGAUAAUGAAUCACCGAGGGAGAGUCAGUCCUGGAACUUCAGCCCUACCAGAAGAAAGAGGCUGCUCCCGGCUGAAUCCCUGGGUCUUCUUUGUUUCUGUCCUUGUCAUCAAAACUGCCUUUGUAACCAUCUGCCUUGCUGUUUUACUUCAUGGAAGCUAUGGUCAGUACAAGACUCUGCUCCAGAAUGCUACAGAGUGGCAUUGUGUCCCCAGUGAAUCUGCAGACAAACAGGAGGGCUGGAUGUGCUGCCCAAAGGGUUGGAGACGCUUUCAAGAAAAGUGCUAUUAUCUGUCGGAUGAUAAAAUGUCCUGGGCUGAGAGUGAGCAGAACUGCACUGGGAUGGGCUCCCAUCUGGUGGUGAUCAACAGCAAAGCAGAGCAGGAGUUCCUCUUUAACUGGGCAAAAGAAGUAUUUACUAAUGCCUAUGAAACAAAAUACUACAUAGGCUUAACAGCGUAUGAGAACGGGCAAUGGCAGUGGGUGGAUCAAACUCCGUAUGAAAAGGCAGCUAUGUUCUGGAAACCUGGGGAACCCAAUUUACUCUUUGCAGAAAAAUGUGCUGCAAUUCAUGUCAAGGGAAAAAGAGACUCCAACACUUACCGUAACUGGAAUAAUGUCCUUUGCUUCACAAAUUGUUAUCGAAUUUGUGAACUGGCAGUUAAAUUUGUCUGAGGAAGUAGACUCCAUUUUGGAUGAAGAACCUGAAGAAGUAUACUUAAGAAAGGGAGAAAGAACUGAUUAAAAGCUUGUCUGAACCCACACAAAUACCAUAUCUUCAAUGUAGGAUGAACAAGCCUGCCAUGGAAUCCCAGCUCUGAAGGAACUCAGUUCCCAGCCUGUGUCCCUGCAUCUUUUUCCAAGCUGAAGAUCACUCCUAGAUGAAGUAGUUCAGGCUUAUCACAAAGACCUACUGUGCCCCUUUUCUCUCUCCUCCUUCAUAGAUGGGUGCCCUGAUCCUCCAGUACUUACCUUACCUCCUUGUGCAGUUGAUAACUCAAUGAAAUGGAAAAGGCCCUCUCUCUCAUGAAGAUACUGUUCCUACUAAUCACUGGGGCAAUAUUUGAAAGGAGAACAUUCAGUGGAGUGUGCUUGGCCCACCCCUGAAGGGAACUUAUCUAUUUGUGACUUAUCUUUGAUGUUUCCUUCUUCCUUCAGCAUAUCCACUGUUGAUAAGUUAAAAAACAAACAGACAUAUAAAUAAAUGUUAAUUCUGUU